AUGAAGGACAAACUCGGGCCGAUCAUCAAACGGUCGCACGACACAAAAUUGGCUAUCGCUGCCCUUAAUGUAGCUGCAGCCAUCACCCUGCUGGAGUGGAGCAGACACGGCCUCGAUUCUUUGUUCUAUCGUAACUCGUUUCAAAGAUACCAGCCUGAGUCCUUUGGAGACCGAGUGGAGUUGAAGGAUGGAGACCUCACUUUGAUUCUGAAGAACGUCACCAUCAACGAUAACGGCACGUACAAGUGUCGGAUUGUGUUCAGGAACAAAAACAGCACAGAGAGACUGUUCAGGGGCAUUAAGUGCUUCAUCAACCUCACAGUGACGGCCUCGGACCACACAAAUGUCAAAGUGAGGUCUGGACAAGAUGUCACUCUUCAGUGUCGGGGACCCACAGAUGCAGAUAUCACAGCAUUAGAGUGGAGCAGACCUGAGCUCGUGUCAGAGGGUUAUGUGUUCUUCUUCCAAAACCAGCACUCAGAUGAGAACUAUCAGCACGAGUCCAUCAAAGGCCGAGUGGAGCUGAGAGACUCAUCCACGAAGGACGGAGACGUUUCCAUCAUUCUAAGGAACAUCAGCAUCAGCGAUACAGGAAUAUAUGAAUGUAAGAUUACAACCAAUCACACCAUCUAUGGUGAGAGAGUCAUCAAGGAGUUCAGACACUCCAUCAACCUCACAGUCACAGACUCAGGUUUCACAGAUGAAGACACAAAUAGUGGAGGAGACAAGGGUGGAGGAGAUUGGGAUUGGACUCUUUUAUUAAUAGUUUUUCUGUCAGUUUGGGCUGUGUUUGUUGUUCCUGCUGUUUCUGCUGUCGUCAUAAUUACCUGCAAGGAACAAAAGCCGUUAUAGCAACAUCCUCCUGAAAACAGCGGCUGCCCUGCUUUUCCACAAGGACGAACUUUCAGAGGACUGGACCUUGGAUUUAGAGUCUGAGCGUACUCAUAUAACAUCAGGAGUUUAAAGCAUCAUUUGACUCUUCUUCACAAAAUGGGUCAAGCAUCUGCAAAAUCCAGAAAAUCUGCCAACACCAGAGGGAUUUUUGGAGGAUCGGGUGAUGAAGAUCUAUGAAGUGGGAGUGAGCGAUAAUGCUAUUUUAUUUUUUUCAAGGAAACUAAAUGCAUGGCAGUGCUAUAGCAAUAAUAUCACAAUUUGAUCAUUUUAUAUUAUGUAAAAAUUCUAUAGUACAGUGAUAUGGCAAAGUCCUGCUACAAAGAUAAAAUAUGCAACAUGGUAAAUGAUAAAUGGCCUGUAUUUGUAUAGCGCUUUACUAGUCCCUAAGGACCCCAAAGCGCUUUACACAUCCAGUCAUCCACCCAUUCACGCACACAUUCACACACUGGUGAUGGCAAGCUACAUUGUAGCCACAGCCACCCUGGGGCGCACUGACAGAGGCUGGUGCUGCAAAGAAGUCAGGACAGGAAAAAGAAAAUCAUUCAUAUUUCAUCAUUUAGAAUUUUGCUGCCAUUUAUUUUAUGACCUGACAGCUUCAUAUUAGACUUUAAAUUACAGGUUACUUACACCAUGUGUUAAGUUCAGGAGACGUGGAAGUCUCUUUAGUUUUUGAGUAAACUUGGACCAAACAUAAAGCCCUUCCAGUUCACAUUUAAAAUGGGUAAAGUAUGUUAUUUAAUGUUGAUAAACUGACCCUUUAAAAUAAAAUUGUAGAUCAGCAAGCACAAAGUAACAGCAAAGGUGCUGUAAGAGUCACGUCCACACUGCCACCCAGUCAGCUGAUAUCAUAGCAUCCAGGAAGAUUCAGAUUCAAAUAUUCGCCAUGCAAACUGAUGUUAGAUCAGUGCAGCUGGUUCCCAGUUUACCUGCAAAAAGGCUUUAAUGAUCAGUUUCAGACAUUUCAAAAUCUGAGCUAAAACAGAGGAAGGAAGUCUAACAGAUAAAUUCAUGAGGUAAAAUAUUGCUAUACAGUUUGUAAAGGAGUCAGUUAUAUAGUUUUCAUAAUCUUAUUUUGAAAAGCUGUUAGUGUCCUGGAGGUUUUAGAGCUCACCCUGGGUCAACACACCUGAAUCAAAUUAUUAGUUCAUUACCAGGCCUCUGGAGAACUUCAAGACAUGUUGAGGAGGUCAUUUAGCCAUUUAAAUCAGCUGUGAUGGAUCAAGGACACAUCUAAAACCUGCAGGACACCGGCUCUCGAGGCCUGGAGUUCCCCACUCCUGCUGUAGAGUGAGCACUGGUUCUAUUCCCAUCAUUAAAAAAUACUGGUUUGGGAGCUGGUGCUGUUUUUCUCUUAACUCAAGUUAUACUCUCCACUAUUCAGGGGUGCAACAAAACAUUAGCAGCAACAAAUAAGAGUAGGAAGCUCAACAUGUCAGGUGCUACUGCAAUGCUUGUUUCUCCUGAAAACAGAGAUCAGACCAUUGAAACAAGCACUCAGCUAAAGUUUAAGGUUAAUAAUGCAGUAGUUAGGCUGCUGGUUCAAAUCCAUCAGGAGAAACAAGCCUCCCUUUGGGUCAUCCAGGGUAAAACAAACUCCUUUGUAACAAAGGAAUCCUUAAAUUAGCUUCUUUAUUUUCAGAGUGUGCAAUACCAUGAACUGUAAAUGAUUUAACUGCUUCAGCACUUUAUCAGUUCAUCAUUAUUACCUCUAGUGUGUUUGACUUAACAAAUUUACAGUGUGUUGUAGUGCUGUCAGCUGGGCCAGCUCACAAACCUCAGUAUUAAAAACUACAUGAUGGCAGUGAUUGGAGGAAAACCUGCGAUGCCUCAACCUGUUCACCAGUGUCUUCUAAAUGAUCAGUUAACAAAUAACAGCUGGUGAUUGUUUUUCUCAACUGAGGUUUACUAUUUUAAUAAAAAAUAACCCACUUUGUCUCGUUUUUAUUUAACUGUCUGAGUAAAUGUUGUUAGUAGAUUCUCUAACUCGACUAUUUGUCCAUUUUAUUCCACUUCAGUUCAACUUUAUUCAAAAACCACCUGCUGACAACAACAGUCAUAUCGAGGCACUUUGUUUUUAAAGAUGAUGAAACGUGAUCAGAAACUGGGUUUAAUUUUUGUUUUAUAUUUUUUAUAAUAGAAUGAUAUUCAAAACGUCUUAACUUCCAAAUAAACUCCUUUUUUAAAAGAUAUGAAGACUUUCAGGUGAUGUUCUUGGAGGUCACAAGUUCACUUUGGACCAUUUUUUCAGAUACAAAAAAAACAGAAAACCUGAAAAUGUUUGCAGGGCUGAUAGUCCAUGUUUUGUACCAAAUAAAAAGAAACUUUAAAAAGUUUAAGAAACUCGCUGAGUAAUAUUUUUGGACAAAUUAAUCAGUGUUUAGUUAAAGUUCUUAAAUGUGUCCCAAAGAACAUGUUGAAGUCUUUACAAAGAUGCUGAACACCAAAUCCAGGAUAUCCUCGUCUGUCUCACCUGAAUGCUCCGUGUGACCUCUGAGACGUUGGAUCAGCAGCAGGAGACUCAGAUCAGCUGGAAAACUGAGAGAUCGUUCAAACAGGUCACAGUUAAACAGGAGGCCAGCAUGAAUCCUGCUGAAUUCUGUUGUCGUCUAAAUUUUCUGAAGGUAAAAAAAAACAAAACAACAACAGCGACAAGAAGAAGCGCAGCAGAAAGUGAAAGACCAACAAUCAGUCUAACAGAUCCAUCCUCUGUGUGUCCUCCUGUCUGACCUGCAGGUGGGAAACAGGUGUGAGGUGUCAGCUGUCAGGUCUCCACUGAGAUGAGCUCUCUUCCUGCAGUUUGCUCCCGUCUUGAAGACACACUCGUUUGUUCCAUUAUCAGCAAUCGUCACAUUCUUCAGAAUCAGAGACUCGUCUCCAUCCUUCAUCUGUCUGUUCUGCAGAUCCACCCGGCUCUAAAAAGAUGGAGGCUGGUAAUCUGGAUCUGACUGCUCAUCCAGGUACAAAAGGGCAUAUUCAGACUCCAGAUCAGUUCUGCUUCAUUUUACAGCUAUGAUGUUGUUGUUUGGAGUUCGACAUGUCAGAGUGACGUUCUGUUCAGACUCAGCUGUGAUGGUUUUCUGGUCUGAAAGUGAAAACGAUACAGAGCAGAGAGGUUAAAGGUCAAAGUACAACUGUUCACUUCUGCAGCAGAGUGAGAUAUAUCUGACUGGCACUCUGGGAUUUGUCACUGACUGCUGUAAAAAGAUCUAAAGGAAGCUAAAGUUAAGAAACUUUGUUAUUACACUGUAUUCAUAGACUGUCCAAACUGCCUUUACACUUUAUGCAUCAUUUGUAUGACAUUUAACAGAAAAAGGUUGUUUUCUCCUUUUUAUUCCAUUUCAUACAACCAAAAGUUCUGCUAAACUACUUUAUCAGAUCUUUGGAGAGCUUUGGAGGCUGUUUGUAGACAGUUUAGAAGUAGAGCUGAGCUGCUUCAUUGACUGACUAAACUGUGAAUUACAAUUCAUUAUUUUACCAAAUCAAAUUCUUAUGUUUCUUCUUUUUUGGACACUUUUGUAUAAUAUAUAAAUAUACAUACAUUAUGCCCAUGGUGGUGUUUUUCUCUACUGUUGUAUAAGUCAUUUGAAAACUCCCUCCCUGGACAGCAUGUAUAUAAAAUGUAAAGAGUUUAACUAUUCCAGUUCACUGAGUGACUCAGUAGAAACAGGUUAGAAACAGC